AUGGAAGCAUCUGCUUUAUGUUUGGUUAAUGCUACUUUAAAUUGGGUCACUUGGGCUUUGAAUGCCCCCUCUGCCCGAGCUGUAGUGUUUGGAGUCCAUAUAGGCGGGCAUUUAUUCGUUGAGGUUCUUCUUUUGGUGGUCAUUCUUUUUAUGCUUUCGCAAAAAAGUCACAAGCCUCCUAAGAGGCCAUUAACUAAGAAUGAAAUAGACGAGCUCUAUGAUGAAUGGGUCCCGAAAUCUCUUAUUCUUCCUAUUACAGAAGAGAUGCAGAGUGAACCUCCGGUGCUGGAAAGUGUUGCAGGGCCUCAUGCUAGAGUCAAUGGAAAAGAAGUUGUGAACUUUGCUUCUGCAAAUUAUCUUGGAUUUGUGGGGCAUGAAAAACUGCUUGAUUCUUGUACCUUUGCACUGGAGAAAUAUGUUGUCGGUUCUUGUGGUCCUCGUUGAUUCUACGGAACAAUUGAUGUCCACCUUGAUUGUGAGGCCAUAAUAGCAAACUUUUUGGGAACGACUGAUUCCAUCCUCUAUUCUUAUGGGCUCUCCACCAUGUUCAGUGCAAUCCCAUGUUUUUGUAAAAAAGGCGAUAUAAUUAUUGUGGAU